CCAUACGGAAGUGUGCUGAGCCGCACCGGAAGCCGCCGGGAUAGAGGGAUGGCGGGUUUGACUGUGCGAGACCCUGCGGUGGAUCGUUCUCUACGUUCUGUAUUUGUGGGGAACAUUCCUUAUGAAGCUACUGAAGAGCAACUGAAGGACAUCUUUUCUGAGGUUGGACCUGUUGUUAGUUUCAGAUUGGUAUAUGAUAGGGAGACAGGAAAACCAAAAGGUUAUGGCUUCUGUGAAUAUCAAGACCAAGAGACGGCACUUAGUGCCAUGCGGAACCUGAAUGGGCGUGAAUUCAGUGGGAGAGCACUUCGAGUGGACAAUGCUGCCAGUGAAAAGAACAAAGAAGAGCUGAAGAGCCUUGGCACUGGUGCCCCUGUCAUUGAGUCACCUUAUGGAGAGACCAUCAGUCCUGAGGAUGCCCCUGAAUCCAUUAGUAAAGCAGUUGCCAGCCUUCCACCAGAGCAAAUGUUUGAGCUGAUGAAACAAAUGAAGCUCUGUGUCCAGAAUAGUCCCCAGGAAGCACGGAACAUGUUGCUUCAGAACCCACAGUUAGCUUAUGCUCUGCUGCAAGCACAGGUAGUGAUGAGAAUUGUGGAUCCAGAGAUUGCCCUGAAAAUUCUGCACCGCCAGACAAACAUCCCAACGCUGAUUGCCGGCAACCCUCAGACAGUCCAUGGUCCUGGGCCUGUCACCAAUGUGUCCAGUGUGUCAAUGAACCAGCAGAAUCCUCAGGCCCCUCAGGCCCAGUCUUUGGGUGGAAUGCACGUCAAUGGCGCACCUCCUCUGAUGCAAGCUUCUAUGCAGGGUGGAGUUCCAGCACCAGUGCAAAUACCACCUACUGUAACAGGACCUGGCCCUGGUUCCUUAGCUCCUGGAGGAGUUAUGCAGACCCAGGUUGGAAUUCCAGGAGGUGGACCAGUGCCCAUAGAACGGGGACAAGGAACCCUACAGCACUCGCCCGUGGGACCCGCCGGGCCUGCAUCACUUGAGCGAGUUCAAGUGCCGAUGCAAGACCCCAGAGCAGCUAUGCAGAGGGGAGCCUUGCCUGCCAACGUCCCAACUCCUCGAGGUCUAUUAGGAGAUGCUCCGAAUGACCCACGGGGAGGCACUUUACUUUCUGUAACUGGAGAGGUAGAGCCUAGAGGUUACCUGGGACCACCUCAUCAGGGUCCACCCAUGCACCAUGUUCCUGGCCAUGAAGGCCGUGGCCCACCCCCACAUGAGAUGAGGGGAGGGCCAUUAGCUGAGCCCAGACCUCUGAUGGCAGAGCCAAGAGGACCCAUGCUAGAUCAGAGGGGUCCACCUUUGGAUGGCAGAGGUGGAAGAGAUCCCCGAGGAAUAGAUGCACGAGGGUUGGAGGCAAGAGGACUAGAUGCCAGAGGAUUGGAGGCCCGUGCGAUGGAAGCUCGUGCCAUGGAGGCCCGUGCGAUGGAAGCUCGUGCCAUGGAGGCCCGUGUGAUGGAAGUCCGAGGGAUGGAGGCCAGAGGCAUGGACACCAGGGGCCCAGUGCCUGGCCCUAGAGGACCUAUGCCUGGUGGAAUCCAAGGUCCCAGUCCAAUGAACAUGGGAGCAGUUGGUCCCCAGGGAUCCAGACAAGUUCCAGUCAUGCAGGGAGCAGGCAUGCAAGGACCAAGCAUGCAAGGUGGAAGCCAGCCUGGUGGCUUUAGUCCUGUGCAGAACCAAGUCACACCACAGGAUCAUGAAAAGGCUGCUUUGAUCAUGCAGGUUCUUCAACUAACCGCAGACCAAAUUGCCAUGUUGCCUCCGGAGCAAAGGCAGAGUAUACUAAUCUUAAAGGAACAAAUACAGAAAUCCACUGGAGCACCUUAAAAGGUUUUCAAAAAUGCCUGGCAGCAAAUCUGGAAAUUAAUUCCAUAACUUUAUUGAAAUGUUGAAAAAAGGUGACUUCUGCAUCCUAACCCCUGAAUGACUCACUUUGGUGCCAGGUGGAGGAGUCCAAUCACCGUCUCUCAGAACAAAACCAGUUCAUUUUGUUGUCUUAGUUUGUACAUUUUCUGUGACUUGAAAUAAACUUUGAACACAAUUUUAGUAUACUGCAAAUUGAUAUAUAUGACCUUUUUGCUUUUAAAAAGCUAAACACCAAGGGUGAAACCUUAGAUAUGUUUUCUACCCUUACUGCAGCAUUAUACUUUAAUGUUAUAUCGCCAUAGUUCUGUUUUUACUUUAGGUCAAUCGUUUAUUCUUGAUAUUUGAGAAUUUCUCAGAAGCAAUGUUUUCAGGAACUUAGUUUUUGUUGAAUUUGCUUCCAGCAAGAUAAUAAGGCUUUGCACUUUGAAAACUUUCUAGAUUUUCUGAGUCUUCUGGGAGAAAAUAUUACAUGCUUGGAGCUAUCAGAUGGUCAGAAGGCCAGCAGGGCAAAUAGCAUACCACAGCAGUGUAUUUAGUUUAGGAAAACCCAGUUGUCAAAAUGCCUUUUUUUUUUUGUCAGUAGCAGGUCUGAAUAUACAUACUUCAGAGUUUAGACAGUGACUGUGGCGGCACUUGGCUUGAGUGUGUGUCAACAACACAAGAGACUGUUGACAUUUACUUGUCUGUUGUAAAGCUCUUCAGACUAGGUAGUCAACACUAAAAGUUUAAAAAGCCACUAGUUUUUCACAUGUUCAGAAUAAAUUAAAAACUGAAAAAUCACAUGAA